UAUACCGAUUUUACCCGGGAAAAUAGACGUUACCGACGUUACGUCAUUUCUCUUUAGCGUGAUAUGAAAAACAACGGUAACGCAGAAAGAUUUUGUUCAAAUAAGAAAAACAGCCAAAAUGUUCGCGUUGAUGUGGAUACUUCUUGGGACGCUUUGGUGUGUCGCGUGUUUGCCGGUGAGCCCUAACAGGGAGUAUGGUAUCCUCUUGGACGCCGGAAGUAGCAGCACGAAGGUCCGGGUAUACGGCUGGCAUUAUGCGCCGAUGCAGAUGCAGGUUCCCGUUUUUGUGGAAGUUUACUCUGCGACAAUCUCACCGGGGAUUGACGCGUUGAUGACGGUACGCAGCGGCAUGUUUGACGACUUCGUCAAGAUCUUGGAGGGCUUAAAGGGGCAUAUACCGUCUGAUCGCUGGUCGGAGACGUCCAUAUACCUGAUGGCAACGGCAGGACUACGCCUAUUGGACGAGGAAGUGACGUCCAAGAUCAUGCAGACAAUACAUAAGUUGCUAGGCAACCGAGAGCUGAACCCGUUCCGGUACCAGCCUGAGAACGCGCACAUCCUGUCUGGGGAGGAGGAAGGUCUGUUUGCGUGGCUAACCGUCAACUACCUCAAAGGGUACUUCUCAGCAGACGACACUUUUUCGCAAAAAUCCUUUGGACUGAUAGAGCUCGGAGGAGGAUCAGCUCAGAUCGCGUUCAUACCAGACGACCCAAUUUACGCGGGAAAAAUGCCCGCGAACAUUGCUGGGCAGGAGUACGGUGUCUACUGCCACAGUUACCUGUCGUUUGGCGCGGGCAGCAUGGUAAGGCGCGUUGUCGACUUCCUGAUUCGGGAGAAUCCAAAUGCCAACGUCAUCAACAAUCCCUGUAUGCUAAAAGGCGAUUCGACCAAUCACACAAUAGGCCACGUGACCAUUGGAAUAGUGGGUGAAGGGAACGCCUCCCUCUGUGAGUCUGUGUUACGUCACUUUCUGUCACCAGCAGCCGACGAGAUGUGUUCACCAAAACCGUGCUCCAUUGGACAGGUGUACCAGCCAGCUAUAAGGAACAAUAAGUUUUUCUCGUUUGGUCUCAUCUAUUUAUUGGCCAAAGGUUUCAACGCCAUCAAAAAAGACGGAAGACUGAACCUUGUCCACUUCCAAGAGAAGGCACGGCACUUGUGUGGACAGAGUCUCAAUCACGUCGUUGAUACACUUCGCGUGUCGCCCAAGUUCGCGUCCCGGAACUGCCAGGACGGUCUCUACAUCCCGCUAUUUAUGGCCGCUCUGGGAUUCGAACCUUCUACCCAGAACGUAUAUGUGGCUGACAGUAUCAAACAGACGUCUAUCGCGUGGAGUCUCGGGGCAAUGCUCUACGAAGAGGAGCGGAACCGCUACUCGGACCUUGUGCAGCGAAAUGGCGAGCCAUAGAAGGAUAUUUGUGAACGGGUUCGAUUAAGAAACAACAUGGCGGUGAUUGUAAAAAUUGGCAACAAAAACAAAUAGAUGUUUAACUAGUCAGAGCAUCGUAACAUUCAUUCUUAAACUGUAAAUUACAAAAAAAAAUCGGAGGUUAAAUAGAAAAUGAUUCUUGCAAUUACGUAUUGCUAUCUCAAAAAUUUUGGCUAAAAACUGUGCACAGUCCCUUAUUUAGGGCGUAGUAAUUGUAUUAAUGUGUGUUUUUUGUAACAUUUUGUGUUUUUAAAGCGUGUUUAAAAUGCUAAUUAGUAAUGAGGUUUAUUAAAUAUAUCCAUAGCAACAUGCUCGCUUUUCCAUCGUAGUAGGGUGUUACUUGCUCAUGCUUUAAUAGUCAACCAGCAGUACCGAAACUUCCAAUAAAAUAUCAAAUGUAUUGUGAUGGACUCUAUCAUAGAGACCACUUAAUAAAAUCUCACAUAUAUG